AGUCCACAACAUGAGCCUCUCCGAUCCUUGUCUCUAAGAUAACAUGGCCCAUACAUACAAUACACCACCAAUAAUACCAUUCCAAUUCCCCCAAAGACCACACUAUGAAGAGAAACCAAGAGGAGGAGCCAAUUGAGGAGGACAACACUACUUCUCAUCAUCACAACCAUGAAAUCACCAAGGCGGCGGCGCAAGCGUGGCACGCCCGCCAAAGCACAUCCCGCCCCGCCACGUCAGAGUUCGACGCCCGGCGCCUCAAUUUCAAGGCCUGGCCAACGAGGUUCGCGGUUGAAGCGAUGAGGAAGGCGUUGACGGCUAGCAAUAAUGAACAACUGGAUUACAACAAUGGCGCGAUAAUAAGCAGUAUCGAUGCCCGGAAAUGGGAUUUCGGGGAGUCCCUUUGGGACUAUUAUGAGAUUGUGACUGUGGCUAAGAAGUUGGAGGUUGGGUUAGUGCUGGACCACCCAUUCACUUCUCCAUUGGAUGAGCCAAUCCGGAUUAGGAAGAAGAAGGUGCACAAAGAGGGUAAGAAUAGCUUGAGGAAUUUGUUUAGUAAGAUUUCUUCCAAGAGAUUUAGUGGAGAUGAUGUACCACUUGAUUAAGUUAUUGUCUUACUAAACCAAUUAAACCAAUUUUUUGUUACCCUUCUACCAAAUGUAGUAUAGUAUAUAUCCCUCUUGUAGAUUUUGCCAUUUAAAUUUUAAUUAAAUUACUCGACUUUUAGCGUUAAGUUGACUCACAUGAUACUGAAAUUUAAAAUAAUAUUGUAUUUCUUUUGUGACAUA